UUUGUUUCUGUGAGUGAGACGCGACGAUGGAGCAGAGCUGGAGCUCUUUCUUAUUCCAGCAGGCUAAUGAAGCCCUUCACCACCAGCACCAGGUGGCCCCGAACAGCCUGCUGCCACUGCUGAACUCUGAGCCGCAGGACCAGAAGCCUGUGAUGCCCAUUCCUCUGGACCACAAGCCCCCCGUCAGCGCCGCCGAGCUCCUCAAGGACAACGUAGCCAGCGGGACAGGGGGAGGAGGGGGUGGGAAUGCCGGAGGAGGUGGUCCAAUGCCCGUGAUCAAGAAAGAGCACAAGAGCAAGACGCCAUUCAUCUGCGGCUACUGCAACAAGGCCUUUCGUGACAGCUACCACCUCCGCCGGCAUGAGUCCUGCCACACCGGCAUCAAAAUGGAGUCCAGACCCAAGAAAACUGCACAAGCAGCACCCACCAUGGUCCCACUCAUCUCCACCAUGUCCCAUGAGACCACGGGCAACCCUGCCUACAUCUCAACCAUUGCUGGCAUCCUUUCCACGGCAACCACUUCAACGUCCUCCGCUUCUACUAUCAUGUCCCCGAUGUCCAUGUCCAAUGUGACCCAACACAGUGCCCCCAAAAAGCCACCCAAACCCGUAAAGAAGAACCACGGCUGUGAAAUGUGCGGGAAAGCCUUCCGGGACGUUUACCAUCUGAACCGUCACAAGCUGUCACACUCGGACGAAAAACCAUUCGAGUGUCCUAUAUGCCAGCAGCGCUUUAAGAGGAAAGAUCGCAUGACGUACCACGUGCGCUCACACGACGGAGGCGUCCACAAACCUUACAUCUGUUCUGUGUGUGGAAAGGGCUUCUCGAGGCCUGACCAUCUCAGCUGCCAUGUGAAGCAUGUUCAUUCCUCAGAGAGACCUUUCAAAUGCCAAGUAACGGCCUGUACAUCAGCCUUUGCCACCAAAGACAGACUUCGGUCACAUAUGAUUCGCCACGAGGGGAAAGUCACUUGUAACGUGUGCGGAAAGAUGCUGAGCGCCGCCUACAUCACCAGCCACUUAAAAACACACGGCCAGAGCAACUUCAACAAUGCCUGUAACAAAGUAGGAGAUUGGCAGUGGAACCACUCAGGGCUCCAAAAAGACAGCACUGAAGUCUGCAACUCUGCCUCCACCACGUCAGUUACAGCCACAAACCCCAUCACCACUGCAAUGAACCGCGGCAACACCAGCAACCCCGUUACCAUAGCAGCCCAGAUGAACAUCUCUACCAACACGGUCAACAUCACGUCUCCCGUCAGCCUGCAGCACCCGGUUACCCUCACCGGCCCUGUGAACAUCGCAUCUGUCAACAUCCCAGCCACAGCGUCCAUGAACAUCGCCCACCCAGUGGCCAUCACCACACCCAUGCCCAUGAACAUCGCCGGACCGCUCAACAUCGCCAUGAGACCUAUGGACACUAUGCCCUUCCUGUCCCAAGUCCUGCAGUCUUCUCACUGGUAGAACCAGGGGCGCUGACCAGCAUUUUUGCCCUGACUGCCGUGCUACUGACACCUGAGUGGCGUGAACAAACCCAUCCCAUGGCUACAUUGCAACA